CGACAAAAUGAAUUCGAAAUGCAAUUGCAAAAUGAACCUCGACAAUAGGGUGCCAUGGCCUAUACUGACCUGAAACGGACUGAAAAUCCAAGCUCGAGCUCAUAGAGCUCGAGCUUUCACACAUGUGCUCGCCGCUUGUAAAGGAGUUUUUGGCUUAGUCUCCCUGUGAAGAUCGCCGAGCAAUCUCACCAUGGGAAGCGGUGCCAGUACCAAGAGUAGUGGAACAGGGAGCCCUUCAAAGCCAAGAAGGACCCCGCAUUCGGGCUCCAGGCUACAUCAGAUGCGGCAACGAGUUCGGGCCACGCAGAGGCUGGAUCCGGUGAUACCUAGUGAGCAGGAGCGAUGGACCACCUCGAAGACGAAAACUCUCUCGCUCAUCGAGGAAGGCCAAGAGGAAGAAGACUGUCUCAAGGAUUUAGGAGAUCCAUCGAACAGAGAGGCUUCAACGGACAGCUUGCAGUGGACUCACCCGUUUGCUCCAAUGGAUCUUCAAGCGACGCAUUGUUAAUUAGGUGCACCGUGCUGACGGGUGCUGACGACAAUGUGCUGACCCUUGGCGUUUAGCCAGGUCACGCCAUGCACAAGAAUCAAGACUGUGGCGCAUGUUGGGGCAGCCAUGUCUUGGUUCGUUCAAUGGAGAAGCCCCGGAGAAGGCCAACGUCCUUCGUCCGUGAGCUGCUGCGAGCUGUGUGGCCGCAACUUCUUUCGCUCGAGCGAUGCCUGG